AUGCUCCCAGGCCGCCUGCUCGCCGGGGCCAUGGUGGCCCACAUCCAGCAGGACCUCCCGAGGGCGCAGCAAGCACGCGCACUCCUCCCCCUUGCCCUUCAUGGUCACCUCCUCCUGCUCCUCCCGGGGCAGCCUCUCCCAGGCCUGUGGGGCCGCACCACGUCAAGACCUCCUUCCUUGUCACCCGCCCUGUCCAUGCUCCGGGUCCAACCGCGUGCCCACCAGACAAGCAGCCCCUGGGCCUGGACGAUCACUCUCCUCCAGCUGCCGUCGUUCCGGGCUGCUGGGUGA